AUGCUCAAGCUUCCAGCUCCGGACAAGACUCGGAGUGUCUUUCCCGACCGGCUAGGCAGCUUGGUCGCCCGAUUUGACGAAAAAGGAAACGAAAUAGGAGGAUCCGAGUUCGAACUCGAGUCUGGCGAAGAGCUGGAGCCGAUUCGACCCGGCGAGUUAGGGUUUAACAGGGAGAAUGAAGGUGGUGACGAAGUUAUGGAUGAUGAUAAGGACCAAAAAGUCCAGCAGAGAUUGAACAAGGGUUCUUUCACUCCGGUUUCUGUAUUGAAAUCCAUUUCGGAGGAUGAGAAAAGAUCGGAUCUCGAUUACGAGCUUUCUCAAGGUGAGAUUAAUUUGGAAAAGCUGCAAAGAAUUGCCAGCACCGGUAUUCCUAAUGGAGGAGGUUUGCGUGCAACGGCUUGGAAGGUAAUUACUUCAUCAUAUUAUGAUGAAGAUAUUCUCCUCUUGGGUUACUUACCUUCAUCUCAUGACCUGUGGGAGAAGCAACUCGAAGAGAAUAGACAAAAAUAUGCUAAUCUGAAAGAGGAGCUUCUCCUGAAUCUGUCAGAACAUAUCUGGAGGGAAUAUGAAGAAGUAAGUUCCACAAGGCAGCACGAGGACAAUGAUGUUGAUGGCCCCCUUAGGCGACUAGAAAUUUCUCAUGAAGACCACCCUUUGAGCCUCGGUAAGACAAGUCUUUGGAGUCAAUAUUUUCAGCAUACAGAGAUAGUAGAACAGAUAGAUCGAGAUCUGCAGCGUACACAUCCAGAUAUCCCAUUCUUCUCAGGGGAGUCAUCAUUUAGUCGCAAAAAUAUGGAAGCGAUGAAGAAUAUCCUUCUCCUGUUUGCAAAAUCAAAUCCUGCAAUUUGUUAUGUGCAAGGCAUGAACGAGGUCUUGGCACCAUUAUACUAUGUAUUUAGUAGUGACAAUGACAAGCAAAAUGCUGUAAGCACUUUCCCAGAAAAUGCAGAGGCAGAUAGCUUUUCUUGUUUUGUUCGAAUCUUGGGAGACUCAGUGGAUCAUUUCUGCCAACAAUUGGAUAAUAGUUCAAGUGGCAUCCUUGCAACUCUUUCUCGGUUGUCAGAUUUGUUAAAAGUAAAUGACGAACAAUUAUGGCAUCAUCUUGAAUUUACAACAAAGGUUAAACCACAAUUCUAUGCAUUCCGGUGGAUUACGUUGCUACUCACGCAAGAGUUCAGAUUUGAGUCUAUCUUGAGAAUAUGGGAUACACUUCUGAGUAAUCCUUUUGGUGUUCAGGAUAUGCUUCUUCGAAUCUGUUGUGCAAUGCUACUUUGCGUGAAAAGUAGACUGCUAAGUGGUGAUUUUGUGGCCAAUUUAAAACUUUUACAACAUUACCCUGAUGAUAUCAACGUAGAAUUCCUCCUCCAGGUUGCCCAGGACAUUAGUCCUGACACAUCUUGUUAUAGUUUACCCCUUUGA